AUGUUGUUCCGCCUCCUCUUCACGCUCUUUACCCUCGCCGCUGGCCUCCAAGGCGUCUUUGCCCAAUCCGACGCUUCGUGUCUGCCCUUCUAUAACUGGACUUACAACUCCCGCAACAACUCCCCCUGCGAGGUCGCGUCCUCACUAUUAGCAGUCUGCAACGGUGGUCCCUAUCCGGUAGACGCGCUCCCAGAUGCGAGCCACUACAUCGGCCCGACAUUGGACAACGCCAACCCCUGUCAAUGCAACACCGUCGUUUAUUCGUUGAUGAGCGCCUGUGCUGCUUGCCAAGGCCGAACGUAUCUUUCUUGGAGCGUCUGGUCAGCAAAUUGCGUCACGGUGUACAUAAAUGAGUUCCCCGCACCGCUACCGCCAGGCGUAUUUGUUCCCGGAUGGGCAUACCUUGACAUCAAGACGGUUGAUAAUUUCGACCAAUCGAAUGCCAGGGCGAACGCGAACCGAACAGAAUCCAGCUCUAUCCCGCCACCGAAGCCGUCGUCCACGAGGACGAGCGCUAGCCGGACGCCGACUCUUAAACCCUCCAGGCAAGCGUCCCCAGUUGCCGCCAAAACGACUUCUUCCUCUUCAAGUUCGUCCGUGACACCGUCUCCAACAGUUUCUGAGGCUGCUAUUUCUAUGGACGGCUCUGAUCCACGGGCAAACACUAUUGGCGGAUCAAUUGUUGGAGGUCUGCUUGGACUCGCCGUGAUUGGCGGGAUGCUGUUCUGGUUUAUUAAGCGCCGACAAUGGAGGUCGAGGAACGGAGUUCUCCUUGUGUCUCCUACAGACACUGAACAAGGCCAAUCGGUGCAUGGUGAAAGUCCGUAUAUGAGGGAAACAGACAACAAUAACGGGAGGCCAAUUUCUAUCCCUCCGAGCCCUUCUUUCAGCUCAUCUAUGGUGGCCACGCCUGCCAUGUUCACUGCGAAUUCCAGUCUUUCUGGAUCCAGAGAAUCAGUGGGCGCGGUAGCCCAGGCCCCAAAGUAA